AUGAGAGUAUUCUCGCCGGUGGAAAACGCAAAGUACCUGUAUGUGGCCAGAAACCCCUACGACUGUGCCGUGUCCUUCUAUCAUUUCCUGAAAGGAUUUACUCCCAAGACGUUCACCGACGUGUCCUUCGAACGAUUCCUGACGCUCUUCUUGUCCGGCAAGGCCUUGUACGGCGACUACUUCGACCAUCUCUUGCCCUGGUACGAGAGAAGAAAUGACGCCAAUGUCCUUUUCCUCACCUACGAGGAACUCAAGGCGGACACGAGAAGUCAAGUUCUCAAAAUUGCCGAGUUUGUCGGUGAAUACCACGCUGCCGCUCUGCGUGAACACGAUGACGUUCUUCAAGACGUGAUGAACGCUAGCAGCCUGGAAAACAUGAGGGCCUUCUUCUCUGAAAUGCCGUUGGAGACGGUGAUGAAAGUAGCGGCAAAAGCGUCGUAUAAUUCUUUUUGCGCAGAAUUGCUGAAGAACCUGCCAAGGGGGAUAGACGAAAUGCACGAAGGUGCCGGUUUUGUGCGCAAGGGAAUUGUCGGUGACUGGAGAAACUACUUCACCCCUGAGCAGAUAAUACAAAUGAAGGAUCGGAUAGCCAGGAAAACACGGGGAAGUGACGUAAUGACUAUCUGGAACGACUGCGACCUGCCAUAA